GUAUGCGCAUUAAGGCAAAAACCUUUGAAAACAUGAUUUUUUGGUCUCACACUCACCCUCCACCACAGACUCCCUACUAACCAUCCCCUGCACUCGCUAGAUCCACACCCGUCCUCUGUGCCGUCACACCUUCAGAUCGCUCUGAAUCUGUUAGGAAUAUUUUAAUGGACAGUUAAAAUACUGAAGAGCUCAAAUGCCGCCAGGCUCUUGAGUUUUUGGAGUAUCUUGAAACUGUGUGCUUGCCUUUUUUGGAAUGUUUUGCAGGGAAACUAAAGAGGGUGAUUUACUGUUGCCCUGAAGUUUUCAGCAUGCGUCAGCAGGACAUCGAUGCCAUUGUCCGAGUCCUCAAGGAGAAGUGCCUGUUCACAGUACAGCAAGUCACCGAGAUUGUACACAGGUGCCCAUAUGUACUUCGAGAGGACCCGGGUGAACUGGAGUACAAGUUCCAGUAUGCGUACUUCAGAAUGGGGAUUCAGCACCCGGACCUGGUGAAGACUGAGCUCUUGCAGUACUCUCUAACCAAGAUUAAGCAGAGACACAUCUACCUGGAGCGCCUAGGACGGUACCAGACCCCCGACAAGAAGGGGCAGACGCAGGUCUCUAACCCUCCAGUCAAGCACAUUCUCAGAGUUUCAGAAGCUGAGUUCCUGGCCAGGACAGCCUGUUCUUCUGCAGAAGAGUUUGAGGUCUUUAAGCAGCUCUUGGCCCGGGAGGAGGAAGAGGAGCUGGAGGGUGGCAUUUCUGAUGACGAAACAGCAGGUGUGGGCAGAGAUGACGAAGAGGACAAGGAGCAGCCAUGACGAAGGUCUGGGCCUGGCAGGGCAGAGGCACCGGAGGGCCAUUUUCAAGGCUUCUGGGAGUUUCACAUGGAUCUUCUCAAGUAGCUGCUCAUUCUAAAAGUGAUCUUCUGAUGGAAGUCUCUCAGUUGCAGACAUGUCAAAGCAAGUAGACGUCCUAGUUUGAACUGUUGUGUGUCUGUGAGGUGGCCCUUCCCCACCCUAAAUCAAACACCGGACUUCAGGCUGUUAAAAUCCAGGCGACUGCAUAGAUCAGAAUUGGGCUUUUUCUUUCUCCAUGGCAGCACACACUGGCAGUGACUGCGAUGCAGGCGCAGCAGGCUCUUGUCCCAGGGUCGCUGUCCGGUCGCCCCUGUGGUGCAGGCGGUGAGUUUGGCUGCACAGUGCCCCUGCCGUGGGAAGGCCAGGUUUUGGCUUCACCGGAUGAUCCUGCGUGGCUGGAGCGCUGGGAGGGGGAUCGUGGCAUGGUGGCCCAGUGUGGUGUUGGGGAUCCCUGUACCCUGUCUCAUAAGUAAGUAGACCUAAAAAGUCCCUUUAUGUUUUCCCUAGCAGUAAAGGUACAAUGAUGCAACGUCA